GGCUUCCAGAGCACUUUAAUACCAUAAUAAGCCAUGAUAACUGUUAUACAAUAGUGUUUUUAGCAUUGGAAUAUCAUUUCUAAGUGUUUUUAUUUUGACUUAUAACAGGUGAUGUGGUAGAUGUAUGCUUUGUGGAUGCUGCGCAAUUGAGAACACCCUGUUAACUCGGGAAGUACUAUCGCAACGAUAGAGAAGCAUAUUUGUGGUAUGAUUUACGUUAUAACUGUUCUUUAGCCAACAUGGAUGCUGACAUUGCGGAGGGGGCAGUUACCACUAGUGGUGAUGUGGCUGAGGGAUUCCUGGAAUCAGAUUCUUAUCGAUUUUUGUUUAUCAUAUGUUUUAUCACAGGAGUGGCAUUAUCUGUUGCACUAGUGGUAUAUUCGAUAUGCUGGAAGGCAACGAAUAACCCCGGAGGAUAUUCCCAUAUCUCUAAACCUUCUUUGAGCACUCUUAUUCUACUCUGCUACACUGGAUUAUACAUAUUAGGAUAUUAUUGUCAUUACCUCAAAACCACGUUCAGCAACUGCCAGCGUUGGUUCUUUGGUUGUGGAUUUGGGAUGGUCCUUUUCUCUUGGAUGAGUUUAAUUGCUGCUUAUACCGUUGAGAAUUCUCAUUUAUUUGGGUUUGAAUCAGAUGAUGGAAAAAAGAUAAUGCCAACUGUUAUCACAAUUAUAUUGCAAUUAUUUCAGCUGAUCGCUUUAGUCGGGUUCAUUGUAUGCGCCACCAAACAACAUUGUUUCGGGAAGUGUAUUACUACGCCUAGGAUCGUGUUCUAUGCUGUAGGAAUACUGACUGCUUUGUGGCUAUUAGGUUGUUUCGGUGCAUAUACCAUAAAGCUUUUAUUAAAACUUUCGUCCUCUGGGACAGGAGGUAAAUCGCCUAUCGAACCGCUAAUGGAGAUUACGAUCGCAAUAAAAGAUCUAAUGCCGAUAAAUUUCAUUAUUCUCAUUGCCCUCUCUAUCAGUGCUUAUCAGAUAAACCUCUGCUGUGUACCUUGGUCCGAGUGUGACUUAGUAUUCAUCAUGAUGACUGGCAUUACCCUAGGGCUGUUGCUCACCCUGAUUAUUUCUGCUCAUGACAGUAAAACCAACGAUCAUAAUAUUAGAUACACUUUGGCAUGUCUGGUAAAUAUAGCUACUAUACUACUCCUGGUGUUAAUCCACUUCAAGGAACCACUGUCACAGUAUUGGGCCAAGGACCGAUUGGCUUGUGGAAUACUGAGCUUGUUGUGUAUGUUGACCUGGUUGGGUGUGGCAGGCUUUAAUGACAAUGAGAUCUCAGGGAAGCCAUGGUUCUACUGCCUAGUCGUGUACGGUUUGAUUACAUUUGUUGGUGCUCUAUACUAUGGCUUCCGUAGUGGGCUGGUCAAGGAUUCAAUGACUUCUACUAAAAAGUGGUUCACUAAGAAGUGUGAUUCCAAAAAGCUCCAGGGGUCUGAGAAGGCUCCUGGAGGGGCUGCAGAAACCGUUGAAAACACAGACAGUACCGUUGGUGAGGCACCAGAGGCUCCUGGUGCCAACGCAUCCACGGACGACAAUGCCUCUACAUAAAACCGUUGUGAAUCAUGUUUUUACCAUAUUACUUAGA